AUGACGAUAGACACUCUUCCAUCCCGGUUCCUAAACCUGCCUAGGGAACUACGAUUGAUUAUAUAUGAACACCUCGACAUUUCAACUAAACACUAUGAGCUCAGCCGAGACCUAGCCAAUGGCUUCACGCUUCUCUCCAUCGAAGUGGCGCAAGACAAGCAGUCAAUCUUUUGUCAACAUGCUCCGGUCAGGGAUAUGCCGUCUAUAACCCUGACUACAUACACCCUCCCUGUCCAGAUCCUCGCGGCCUGUCGCUUCAUAAACAUCGGAGCAACACCAAUCCUCCGACCACUCCUCACGAAACUAAAACGCCAAGUUCCAACACUCACUGUAAAUGUAGAUUGUUUACACGACCCUCUGCUUUACGGACUAGAUAGUUUUCUCAGCGCACUGCUCGCGUCCCUGAACGCUCACUGCAGGCCUUCAAUCAUCGACGGCUCCCACGCCGAAUCCUCAAAGCGAGAACAACAGCAACCCGACAUCUCACCCGCCACCACAAAGCAAACAUGGGUCUCACAAACCGCCGCAAAAAUGCUCGCACAAGCAUCUCCCUCUCGCCCCUCAAACCCAUCCGGCGCUUCAGCAUACCCACAAGUCCGCCUCCUCCUACACAUACGCAAAACCCGGCCUUUUAAUCUACCUCCUACUACUCCUAGCCUUUUCGAUGGCCACUGCGGUCUACCACCACACACGCCUUGUCCCACUUCCCCAUUCUGCAAAGCGCAGAAGACGUACACUGUACCCAGUACACUCAGCGCGCCGCCGAUAUACACCAUUAGCACGAAUACGAAGCUCACACAUGUCUUGAACAGGACGAUGGAGGUCGUAAGAGAGGAGGGUCUGGAUAGGAUUAAGUGUGGCAGUAUUGUGUUUGGGCAGAAUAGUAAGAAGCAGACUGGGAGUGGAUUGGAGGUUACGCGCGUUUGUGCGUUGGAAUAUGAGGUUGAGGUGUGA